AAAUUGCAUGCAAAAUGACGACUAAAGUGAUGGUUUCGUAAUGAAAUCGUAUUUUUUUAUGAUUUUAUGAUCGCAUAAAAGAUGAAUAUAUGGGUUUUUUUUGUAACUUUUUUUGUGUUUUGCCAAAUAGAGAUAUCUUUAUCCAAUUUAGAAAGAUGUCCACUUAUUUCGGGCAUAUCUAUAGAAAAUAGUAAUUUAACAACAGAUCUGUUUCUAUGGAGCCAAUUAUAUUCGUUUUGCAUUCAUAUUACAAGUCUUGAUUUAUUGAGUACAAGUGGUCGUUCUUCUUGUUGUCAAGAGAUAGAUUGCUAUAAAAUUGUUGUAAAAAAUGAAGGUCUGGAUUGUAAAAAUUCCACUUUUUGCAAAAUAGGGUGUCAGUUCUUCAGCAAUAUUACAAAUACUUCAGAACCGAAUGAGAGCAAUAACGAAAACAAACCUUAUGUAAAUUCAACAUUUGAAGUAGUUGCAACUAAGAUUCAAUAUUUAAAAGUUAUUUUCAACUGGCCAAUUAUUUUAUCAAAAAAUAAUAAAAUAAAGAGCGUAUAUAUAAUUACAAUAACUGUUAAAAAUGAAAAGACAGAAAGGGUUUUGGGUUUAGUGAGUGAAAACACGUUUACAGUUGAAGAGGAUUUUCUUUGUAAUAAUCUUAAUAAAUAUGUGGAAGGAUCAGAAUUUCAGUUAAACGUGUAUCCAAUUAACUUUAAAGAAUACAAUCAAACCAUCAAGUUCUCUUCAAAUUAUACAACUUUUGCAAACUUCAAAUUAACAAAUUUUUCAAUUAGUGGUCCAAUAUAUAAACGAAUUGAUGAUGAAAAUUUAAUAAAAUUGGUUUGGAAAGUUCAAUGGAGUUACCCAAAAAAUUUUGAAAGGGAUAAAAUUUCAAUAUUAUUUGCAUCCAAAGAUUGUUCAAAUGGUGACAUAUUUUCAAAAGAUUUUAAUUUGAGAUCAUUAUCUGGUGAUAUUUCAUUAACUAACUCUGAAGAUGAUAAUUUGUCUGAAUGCCCUGGAUUGAGACUUGAAGUAGAAUUGCUAAAUGUUAAUGAAAGAUGUAAAGCAAACAAAAAAGUUGAAUACAAUUUAAAUUAUUCAGGAUGCGCUACCAUAGAUAAUUAUGAUACAAAGUAUUGCACUAAACCUACUCCGCAAACUACAGAUGGACCAAUUCCUAAGAAUUAUACGAGUAUACUAUACAAUAAUAAUUGUAGCUUUGCAUAUUACAACAUUACUUUAUUUUGGGACAAACCUAAUACUUCAAGUUUGAUAAAAAGUUAUACAAUAUAUUAUGGUAAAAUUACUGAAAUAAAAAUAGAUGAUGGUAUCAAUGUUUCUUCUAAUGUAUACUCUUACAACAUUCCUAAAGUAUUACCUGGAUUGACAGGGCUCGGAUUUUAUAUUCACGCUGUUACUUCUACUCCUGGUAAUGUGCCCAGAUUCAAAAAUGAAUAUUUUUAUCAGUCAAUAUCACUUCCUGAAGUUAAAUGUCCAACAUCAAAUGAAAAAGUUUACAUUAGUCAAAGCUUGCCAAAUACCUUUUUUGCAAUUAUAUUUCCUGUUUUAAUUGUUCUUAUCAUUUUUGUGGUUGUUGUUUUAUCAAUAAUUCGUCGCAAGAAACAAAGAAUAACAUCUGCAAAGUGUACUUUUGAUCUUUACACUUUAACAAUAAAAGCAGAUGAAUGGGAAAUCAGCCCUGAAUGUAUUGUUUUAGAUAAGAAAAUUGGUGAAGGGGCUUUCGGGACUGUCUUUGUUGCAAAAAUCAAUGUAAAUGUUCUUGCUAAAACAAAAAGUGUUCGUCAAAAACCUGAUUCUUCGUUUCGUGAAAGUAAACAUCUUAAUGUUGCUGUUAAACUUUUAAGAGAGGGUGCAAACCAAUCAGAAAUAAACGAUUUUCGUGAAGAAAUAAAUCUUAUGAAAAGAAUUGGCUAUCAUAAGAAUAUUGUAAAUAUAAUAGGUUGCUCUACAAUAAAAAAACCUUUAUGUUUGAUUGUUGAGUUUAUGGAGAAUGGAGAUUUGUUACAUUAUUUAAGAAAUAAGCGCAGCAAAGUUUGCUUGCCUAAAGUUGAUUCAGGAUUAUCUGUUGGCGAAAGAGAUUAUAGAGAAUCAGCAUUAGGCUUUCCAAAUUAUGGAAAAUCUUUUGAGGCAACGUUAAUAAAUGAAAGUAUUAAAUCUGAAUUAAUAAAAUCUAAAUCUGAUUUAACGAUAAAUGAUGAUUAUUUAAAUGAAUCGAAAAUGAUUACACAAGAAGAUUUACUUAGUUUUGCAUGGCAAGUGGCUUCAGGAAUGGAAUAUCUUUCUACUUUAAAAUUGGUACAUCGAGAUCUCGCUGCUAGAAAUAUAUUGAUUGGCACUAAUAAUAAUGUUAAAAUAUCCGAUUUUGGUCUGACAAGGAAUGUAAGUGAUGACUUAAUAUAUAUGAGCAAAAAAACUCGUCGUUUGCCGGUCAAAUGGAUGUCAAUCGAAGCUUUAUCUAAUCAAGUGUUUACUACAUAUAGUGACGUAUGGUCUUAUGGCAUUGUUUUGUUUGAAAUUGUUACACUUGGAGGCACACCUUACCCUACCAUAAGUAAUCGUGAACUUAUGGAUCUUUUGAAAUCUGGAUACAGAAUGGAGAAACCACAAAACUGCUCUGAAACUAUGUACGAUAUUAUGUUGCACUGUUGGAAUGAAGAUCCAUUGCAGCGACCUAAUUUUACAGAGUUACGUGAGCAUCUUGAAAAUAUUAUAUCUCAAGAAGACUACUACUUUAGCUUUGAAAUCAACGAAGAAAGCGCUUAUUAUAAUAUUUCUUCCUUCAAAAGUCUUUCACCGGAAACAAGUGACGACUUUAUGCCACAAGAAUUUUUUAAGGAUGAAAUUCGUGGAUGACUUAAAUAAAAAUUUCACUUACAUUAUAAACAUUUAUUUAUCUUACGGAUGAAGAUGUAAACUAAUAAGUUUAUAAAUAUGUAAGUUAUAAAUUUAAAAAAUUAUAUCUUUUCACACCA